GAGAGAUAUGAGGGCGGCGGUGGCGGCGGCGGCUUAGGAGAUGAGCUCUCGACGUUCUGCGAGCUAGGGUUUGAUCGGGAUCGAUGAGUCCGUCCUCGCAGCUCACGGCGGCGACGGCCAACGGCACCGCGGCCGCCGUGAGGCCGGAGAAGAAGCAGCAGCUGGAGGCAGAUCUUGCGACAAUCGAGCAGCUGAUAGCUCGAAUCGCGCGGCUGGAAGAUCUGGCGGCGGCGCGCAACAGCAGCGGCAGCAGCCGGAGCCAGCAGGAGGAGAUUGUGGCGGAGGAGCGGCCCCAGCAGCAAGGGCAGCAGGCGGAGGAGCAGCAUCCCUGGGAUGAGGGCUCCGGCGAGAGGCAAUCUUCGUCUCACGGAGGCGAGGACACAGUUGGGGCUCGAAUGACCGUUGCAUCGAGCAGCUCGGACAUCCGAGCGGCCGGGCACAAGAGAGGAGAAGGGGAGGCUACUGGGCCGGCCAUGGCCAAGAAACCCAAGCUCUCGGAGGAGGAAGAUCCGGUGAGCGAGGGGAGCUUGAGCCGGCGAGUCGGGGGUGAUGCCGCCGACAACGGAUCCAAUCACACCAUGUCCACUCUCCACUCGAGCGAAGAGACGAGCUCCCAGCGCAGGGACGACUACGAGCUACACAAAGACGCCUGGGACAAGGCUCUCCGCGUCCUGGAGGAUCUUCGCAACUACAGCAAGGAGGGGUGGGUGUUUUGCCAGCCCGUCCAGUCGCUGUGGCCGGAGCUCGUGGAUUACACCAAGGUGAUUGAGAAGCCCAUGGAUCUGGGGACCGUCAAGAGCCGGGUGCAAAGCAAGUACUACUCGAGUCCCAAAGGUUUUGCCCGUGAUGUGAGGCUCACUUUUGACAACGCCAUCCGGUUCAACGCGGCGGGUUCUAUGUAUCACAAGCUCGCUCUGAAAAUGCGGCAAAAGUUUGAGACGGCUUUUAAGGCGGUGGAGCGGCUUUACAACCGGCCACCCAAGCCGGCGGCCAAAAGUAAGAUCAGGCCGCUUGUGGAGGUUGCUCCCCCGCCGCCGCGGCAGAAGAUCGAGAUGGUCGAGCAGAAACCCGUCGUGGCCCCGGUGGUGGAAGUAAUCGACGUGAAGCAACCCGAGGUUCUGGAAGUGAAAGAACAGGUUGCUACUCCUGUGUCUCGAGCGAGGGAUCUCGAAUUUCCUGCGCCGAAGGCUAAGAAGGUGAAGCUCAUGGGGACGAACCCCCGACUGGGACGGCAAGCCAACAGUCUGGCUUACGGUGGCUGCCGGCUCCUCAGCGCGAAAGAGAAGGCCAAGCUCUCGGAGCUUGUGGAUUCGUUUCCGGAGGACAGGAUGCGGAAGGUGAUUGAGAUAGUCGGGGAGAAGCAUCCGGAAUUGGUCGGUGCCCCGGAAGUGGAGCUGGACCUGGACAAGCUAGACAAGAACACGUUGUUCAAUCUCUAUCGGCUGGCGAUGAACUGGCAGAAGAGCAAGAACAAGGUGCUGGCCAAGUCGAAGAGCUCGCUCACGGCAGAAGACUCCCUGAGUGAUGGUCAGCAGCGGAUGCUCAUGGACAACAGCGACAACAUCGACAUCGUUGGCCUGGAUUCUCCAGAGCGCGAGAAUGGUGGCGAGGAGGAGGGCGAAGAAGCCGGAGAAAAGAAGACCGAUGGUGGAGGAGAUAAGGAAACGUCCAGUGACUCGGACUCCGAAACGGGAACAAGCUCCUCCAGCUCCGAGUCGUCCGGGUCCUCGUCGGAUUCGGAGCUUGACUCGGAAGGGGAGGCCGAGGCAGGGUCGGACAAAGACAAAGGCUAGUAAGCUCGAUCUCGAUCCAAGGUUGGAGGCCAGGAGCAAAACAAGGCCCAAGAAUGGAUUGGACGGAUGGAAGUGUACACUAGAAGCAAGCAAGCAAGCAGCACACUGGGAGAAUAAGUCUUCAUUGAGUUCUCUGGAAAUGCGGCUAGGCAAGUUUGGCGGCGGCAACUUUUGCUAGCCGGGAGGAUCCGUAGAGGGUCUCUUCGAAGCGGAUGAUCUCGGCCUUGGAA